AUUUAUAUACUUUCAGUAUAAAUAAUUUUUUUUCGAUUCAUUAGUUUACAUUUCAGUAUAAUUCAAUUAGAUUUUUACAAGGAAAAUAAACAAAAAUAAACAGAUCAGCAUAAAGCUUUCCUUGUCUAAUACUCUUGUUUGGUUAUUGUUAUCCGUUUUAAAGUUCGGCAAAAUUUUCGUUUGAAAAUUAAUGUUUAUACCAAAUAUAUGCAAUUAGUGCUAACUAACUGACCGCAAAAAUUAUUUGUACACCAACUCCGCAAUUAACUAUUCGAUCAGUCCAAAUUAUCAUGUUAAAUUAUUUAGAAGUUCUUCCAUUCCCUUUUAUCCAUUUUGUAAUUUGUUCUUCGCGCCCAAUCUAACUUUUGAAUAAAGUCAACCUCUUUUAUUAUUUACCUCAACUUUACUUACAUUCCUUUUGUUAUUAUGAGCAAAUUCAAGAAGGGGUUGACUGUAGACCGUGACGUUGGAGACCCGAUGCGUCGACCUCGUCCUGUCUCACAAGAAGGGUAUUAUUAUCCAGAAGAACAUUUUAAUGACAAACACUUUUUACACCCAAACUCUAAACGUCAGCCGAUGCGUCAAUAUGGCUCUUCCGCUUCUUUAGAAGUGCGUCAUGAGCAAAAUCGUCGGCAAAGAGAACAAGAGUUUUUUAAUUCACCAUCUGGUACACCCAAACCGGCGACUUUUGAAAAUUCACGAAAUACACCAGUAAUGCAAGCGUCAGCUUAUUAUCAGCAGCCUACUAAGCAGACAAGUGAUUAUCAUAGUCGUCGUAUUCCGAACUCCAGGGAAGUUCCGCGAUCCGUACCAAAUACAAAUUUACACGGCAUUAAUACCUCCAACACUCACUUGGGCUCCAAUCAAAAUUCUUACCAUUCCAACUCUCCAGGUUAUUUAGCACCUCAGUCUCAUCUAUCAAAUAAUUCGCGUGCCCCUUCUCCACAACAUCAAAUACCUCCAUCAAAUUAUUCACAGCCGAUUCGAAAAAAUUCUACUGGACAAUUUUCACAAAAUUCUAUGAAUUUGCAAAGGCCUUCACAAGAAUCACUUGCAAAACCAUUUGUUGCGAAUUCUCGCGGCACAGAACAAUAUCAAAAGUUACAUAUUCCUCCAGGUCAUAGGGAACUAUCACAUCAAUAUAAUCAUUAUUCGUCCAACAAUCAAAAUAAAACCAGAGAAGCUCCAAUUGUAGAUAGUAACCACACUCAAAGUAGAACUAGAGAAGUUCCAAUUGUAGAUAGUAACCACACUCAAAGUAGAACUAGAGAAGUUCCAAAUUUAGAUAAUAACUACACUCAAAAUAAAACCAGGGAAGCUCCAAUUGUAGAAAGUAAUAAUACUCCGCGUUUAAAUCUGCCUGAUCCUGUUACGAUAGAAGAUUAUAUUUCACAAGCAAUUAAAUAUCAUGAAGAUGAUCAACUUGCAAAGUCAACGGAAUAUUUAAGAAUAGCUGCAGAAAGAGGUUCUGCUGUCGGAAAAGUUCUAUAUGGGAUAGCUUUAAGACAUGGAUGGGGAUGUAAAGUAAAUGAAGCAUUAGCGUUCAAUCAUCUUCAACAAGCUGCAGAAUCUGCGAUAACUAUCCUGAAUGGUAUUAAUAAAACGGUUAGUAUGUCGGCAUUUAGAGGAGAAUUGGUUUUAGCGAUUUAUGAAUUAGGUGUAUGUUUCCGACAUGGUUGGGGAGUUAUAAAAGCUAAAGCAACAGCCGCACACUAUUUUGAAAUAGCAGCUAACAUGGGUGACCCUGAUGCACAAAAUGAUAUAGCAUAUUGUUAUUCCAAGGGAGACGGGGUGAAGAAAGAUAUGAAAAAGGCUGCCAAAUAUUACAGGAUGGCAGAAGCACAAGGUCAUGGCACGUUGGGCAAUUCUUGGAUUUACAAAGAAAAGUAUAAUGAUAAUAAAUAAUAAUUAAUCAUUUUGUUGUGAAUUUCCGUGACUGGAAUUUUAUCCUCUUGAUCGAGGCUGGAAGAACAAAAUUUGUCGUGGACAUUUUUACUAUUAUUCUAAUAUUUACUUUCUUUAUUUUACCUUUCUUGAUGUAUAUAAUUAUUAUUACUAUUCUUUUUUUUAAAAAAAUCAUUAUUUGUAGAGGGUGGGGGAGUUUUUUGAGAAAACUAGAAUUUUAAAUUUAUAAUUUAUAGAUGUAACAUAAUAUUUAUUGUUAUAUCAUAUUUAGGUAUAAUCCAAUCAAAAUUAAUGGACAGGUUUAUUUAAUUUAUUCAUUUAUUUUAUUCGUAUUACUUCUUAUCUGAUAUUAUCUAUUUUUAAAAAAAAAGUUUUUUUUGAAAAAUCUCGGUUCAUUGAAUGAACAGAGAAGUAAAAAUUUGUAUAUCUUUUAUUUGCAUAAUUUAAUUUUUAUAAUUGUGAAUAUAUUAAAUGACGUUAGUCGC